CACCAGAGGGUAAAAGUGAAACAUAAACAAUGAUACAGCCUGAGAAACGUGCUCGUCGAGGCGUCGCCUGCGCGAUAAAGUCGACGUAGAGUAGCACCCGAGAUCGCGCGUGCGGAGUUUCCUGGCCAAAGGUAACUGAUAUACUACGAACCCGCGGCCGACGACGAAGGGGCAUCAUCCGCGCGGCCGCUGAACGCUCAGUGCUUCUCGCGCGUCGGUACUCCGCGGCCUGCUGACCCAUUGUCAGGCGUGUGACUUGUCAAUCGCGCCACUCGGCAGAGGUGAAUGCUCAGAUCAGUUACGUCACCGAGAUCCGGCUCCGAAGGACUCGUCUCGCGCAGCAGUGGGAUGCUGCAGAUCGUUGGAAGCGCGCAGGAGCGUCUCUGUCUUGGUGGUGUGUGAACGGCAGCGAACAUUCUUCGAGCAACAAUGACGGCCACGAGAAGUCUCCUGUGGAGGGUUUCGUUUCUCUUCUGCGUCGGGGUUUUCUUCAGCAUGAUGCUGGACUUCUUUCAAAUACAGUACCGCCUCUCGGCGUUCGAGCGCAAUCUCAUCGGAUCUGUGUUCAUGUCAUCGCCGUGGUGGGUCCCCGCCAUAUGUGGCACAGCUGCUGUCUCAGUGGGCCUGCUGUAUCCAUGCCUGGACCACAAGCUUGGCGAGGAAACUAUUCCCCACCACUGGUCUGAUGUCAUGAAGUGCGUCGCGCUCUUCGUGGGGAUCAAUCAAGCCAGCGCUAAAAUUGAGCUGCAGAGCGACUGGCAACCUGCACUGUCUCUGGUGCUGCUUUCGGUGAGCCUCUGGUGGCUGUGCGACCGCACGCAAGGUGGCUUUGGCCUCAGCAUCCUCACAGCAUUUGUGGCCACCUUGGUGGCCCACUUCCUUGUGUACUACAGGAUUGGCAGGUGUUCUGAGAAAGACCUGGCUUUCGUAAGAUCCUGGCUUCCUUGUGUGUUCUUCUCGGGAGGCAUUACAGUCGGCAACAUUGGGCGGCUGCUUGCUCUGGGAGAGACAUCUGACGAACCUCUUGCCUCCAAGAAACACCAAGAAUGAAGCACAUUGUGUCAUUUCUCAGGACAACUCUUUUCAUACUUUGCCAAGGGUCUGCAGUGAAGCACGUGGCACCAGCUUGGUUGGCUGAUUGAGGAGUGAGUUUCAUGUGAAACCAGCACUAAGCAAGCAGCUAGCACUACUCAAGUACUUCUACGAGCAGCACUACCGCCAAGCUGUGUGUGUCUGUAGGCUCUGUGAAAAAAAAAAAAAAAAGCGUGUAUCUGUGAUGCUGACUAUUUAUAGACUGUGCGAUCGUCGUCGUUGGUCAGAGACUGCCUUCACUUUACCCGACCUGUGCGAACGAACUGAGCCAUGUUGAGCUGCACCGUGUGUUGCGUUCUCUGGAGUCCUGGAAUCGCGCUGUUUUGCUUGCGGAGGCUUGUGCUGCUGCCUAUUUUCGUGUGCUUGUGUAUGCAGUGACCAAAGGGAUCGUUUAGGGCAAUGUCCUUGCAUCUGUACUUAUUUUUGUUUUGCAUUAUUGUUUUGCACAGAGUGCGUCUGUGGUGAGGUGUGGAUUGUGGCAAGUUAGGCAUAUGAAUUGUUUCUAUAUAUGUCUCUAUUAUUUAAGCGUCCUGUGGACUCGUGUAAGAUGAUCUGAAACUAUGUAGACGCAUGUAAAAAUUUUGUUACUGGCUACAGAAGAGCCUGGCUAAUGGAUGACAUUUGUCUGCUAAUGACCAGAAACCUAGCAUUUCAAAGAUUGUUUUUUCAUUCAACGUCUUCUAGAUAAGUAAAGCUUUUCGUUUUCUUUAAUGUAAUGGCAUUUGUAUGUAGGCUACAUUUCUUGUGUGGCCCAGAUUUUAAUAUGCAUUGGCAUAGGCUGACAGCUCUUAAACCUUCUCACUCAUGUUGCUCACCUUGACAGGGCUUGUUCUGGUAUGAUGCAAAGAACUUGCAGUUGUACUUCAGUGCCUUGUGUCACCUGGAACCGACAGCUGCACUCAAGUGCAGUGGACGUAGCCAAGAUGCCCGACUGCAGUAGUGGGCCCAGUUAGGCAGAAGGAAGAAGGAACAAAUCUGUUUCAGCACUGCAAAACUAAGUCGGGCAGCAAAUUAAGUUUGUUGGCUGUUUCAAAUGUGUAUUGUUGCCUUUGGUACUACUUUAAAAUGAGAUUAUGAUUCUUGGCGAGGAACUAAGUAGUCAGUGCACAGCAAAAAAAUAUCUCCUUGACGGGGUUUGUAGCAGUCCAAGUUCCAAAUUUAUGGUCUUGAACACUUAAAUUUCACGAAGUGCUUAAGAAUCCUGAAAUUCGGUCUUCAGCUAAGCUUAGUGGAUCUUUUUUUGUUAGUGCAAUUCAAAAGCAGAGUCCAUUAAUCUGGUUAUCAGCAUUGUGGUGUACAUUGGUGGUUUGCUUACUAAGCUGUUAUCUUGUAUACUUUUUUCUUCUCCAGUUCUUGUCCAAUUGAUGGAAUGACUUUGCUUGUUGUUGAAUAUACUGUUGUCCUCGAAGGUGCUUUGUUAAAGUCUUAAAAUUGCUUAAAAAUCCUGGAUUUCUUUUCACAGAAACUGCUUCAAACCCUGUCUUUGGGAUUCGGUCAGUUUGUCUAUGUUGUCGCUGAUUUUUCUGACAUACGUUUUUAUGUGACAGCCUUUCCAUGACUGGAAGCCGUAAUCCUCAGUAGUAUAGCAAUAUGCAUGUCCAGGCAUGUAUAAAAGUGCAAUAAUGGACAGUGUUUAGUCGCUUCAAGCAUGCACACUAUGUUCUCUUGUAACCCUUGCACAGAAUAAGUAAGCAAUACUUUUUUUUUAUAUCUAUAUAUACUGAAGUCGUAGGUUGGAAUAUUGUACAGUUUGUCUUCUGCCUCUACAUAUGUAGUAUUUAUCAUGUUGUGUGCAUCCUAGUUCUUGUUUUUUGUUUUCUCUCUCUCUCUCUAGCAUUUCUUGCACUUGAAAACACCCCUGUACAUAGAAACAACUGAAUAUAUACGUACAACCCUGCAUUCUGUACAGGGUUUGCCACAGUUGUCUAGAAUGCAGUGUGGCAGCUUUGAAUUUCAUCUUCUAGGUGACAAGUCGAAGACUCUACUCUUCAUGAACAAAUACUAGUAUUCUAAAAUUGGCAGCCUGUUACAUAUGAGAAGUGCUGUGCUAUAGCAAAUAUGACACACUGUCUCAGAGUUUGUCACCUGUUCGCGCACUCCUAUGUCGCUUGCAGCACCUUAAUGCUGACGAGCUCCAUUAAAUUCGUCACAUUAUUUAUGUGUUCAUCUGUACAGUCUUGUCUCCUUGUUCAAAUGUCAAUGUGACAGGAACAGAUAUAGUAUACGACUAAUUUCAUUGACAGUUGAGUGACACAUCUCUCUAUCUUGUGCCAUAUAUUGAACACAUUUUAGUGUUUGUUGCUGUUUCUGUACCAAUGUGAACUCCAGUGAAUUGCAAUAUGUGCAGGCCUACAGUGGUCUAAUAAAGUUUGCGUACCUGCUU